AUGGCCCGUUCAACUAACAUCCCCACGCUGCAGGUUACCACCCCACGCACCCCAUCGCCAGCCCCAGCAUCAGAGGUCGGCCCGCACGAGCCCAGCUACAGCCUAGCAGCCUCCAUCCGCAACAAGUUGCGUCUCUCCAACCACACCACUCCGCGCCAGUCAGCCGGCACAGUAGGCGCAGCAGGCGCAGCAAACGCAGCAGCCACCUCAUCCCAAGACAGCCGAAACAGCAGAACCAGCGCAAACAGACGGUCCACGCAGGAUAUAACCCGCCUGCACCGUCCCCCGUCCCCCCUCCUCCCCAGCCGACUAUCCUCCCACCCGUCCACCUCUGGGUGCUCCACCUGGACCGACGGCUCCAUACCCAUACCCAGCCCUCACCCCAACCUCACCCCCAACCCAGCAACCAUGCCACCUCCCGCACCCGCAGCCUCUAACCCCCAAUCUCUCCCUCUCCCCCUUCCCCCCGCACAACCCCCCAAUUUCCUCCCCCUCUUCCCCCUAGGCCCCAUUUCCAACGGCGCCCUCCACCACCUGGCCACCUUCCACCACCACCUCACCUGCACCCGCGCAGCAAUGGGCACCCCAGACUACCCGAUCUUCCUGGCGGACCUGCACGACCUAACCACCAGCCCGCGGGGGAUGGACACCGCGCGAUGGUCGCGGGUCUGCGAGGACUGCGCCGCGUACUGGGCGCACGUGCCGAUGAUCCACAAGCCGCGACUGGGCCGGUUCUACGAUCACCUGCCGGGGGACGUGGACGCGUUGGUGGGACCCGUCAGCGCCCGCGAUAGUAUUGAGGAUCUGAUGGCGCGGGAUGCGUAUACGGUGGAGGCGCUACGGGCGCUGUAUGUGGCGGACGUGUAUGUGCAGGGGUGUCGGGCGGCGAGGAGGCAUGGCGUGACGAAGGAUGAGUACGCGGAGGCGUUUUUGGCGGAGGCGCGGAAGGUGUGUGAUCUCAGGUGGUUGAAGAGGGCCGCGCGCGUGGUGGAGGGGCGGGAGGAUAUGAAGGGGUGGGGGUUGGGGUAG